AUGUCUGAACCAUCUUUAUCAUCAAAUACCGGUAGUCAAGGUAAUGCCUCAAAUAAUAAUGUUUCUAAUCCUGUUCCAAAUAUAGAUGAGCUUAGACAGCAACGUGCGUCUUCAAAGGGGAGCCUUACACGAAUUAAGAACAUUAUUGAUGCGUCAAAUAAUUUGUCUCCUACUGAACUUGAGUGCAGGUUAGGUAUGGUCGAAUCGUAUUAUAAACAAGCAUCGUAUUAUCAAGGUCAAAUUGAACGUUUGUUACCACAAGAUACAUGUCGCUCGGAAAUUGACGAACUAUAUGUCAUAGUAAAAUCACGUAUUCUAAAUCUUCUCGGCAACAGAAGAAGCUCACAAUCACAUGAACAUACAUUUUCAAUGCCUCAAAUGCAGUACAAUCGUUUGCCUAAAUUACGUUUGCCGAGAUUUGAUGGCAAAUAUCUCGAAUAUAAAAAUUUCAUAAACUCUUUCACGAAUCUAGUUCACAGCGAUCAAUUCAUUCCACCUAUUGAGAAGUUCAACCAUCUGUUAUCGUGCCUAUCCGGCGAAGCUUUGUCAACAAUUAAGUCGUUCCAAGUAACUGAAGAAAACUAUGAAAACAUUUCAUCUAUUUUCGAAGUGGAUAAAAUUUCUAAGGCUGAUUCUAAACAACUUAGACAUAUCACUGAUACUAUCUCAGCUUUGUACAAUUCGUUACAAUCACUUGGAAGUUUUGAAAAAAUUUGUGAUGCAAUUAUCAUACAUCUUACAAUUACCAAAGUUGAUCAAGAAACUAAAAAGAAAUGGGAUGAAUAUUUAGAUUACUCUAAUCUUCCAUCUUGGAAACAAUGUUGUGCUAUGCUUGAUAAGCGAUGCCAACAACUCGAUGCUCAAACGAGGCAUAGUGUGAAACCGCAAUCAAUUCAAACUUAUCAGCCGCAUUCAUUACAAAAGGUUAGCAAGCCAAAGCAGUAUUCAUUUGCGAUCAAAAAUAUUCCUGAAAGGUCGUGUACAUAUUGUUCCAAAUUAGGUCAUAAUAUUUCUACUUGUAUCAAUUUCAUCGCACUUCCAUUAGAACAACGUCGUGAUCAAGUACAACAGCACCAAUUGUGUUUCAAUUGUUUAUCAAACCUCCACACUGUAUCACAAUGUAGCUCAAAAUAUUCUUGUCGAUUUUGUAAACAACGUCAUCAUACGUUGCUCCACAAACAUGAUUUAAAUACGUUUGUAAAUUCUAACAUUUCAUCAUCAAGAAAUGAUCAACUUAGUAAUCCAGUUACACAUGCUACUUCACAAAAGAGUGUUAAGAAGACAAAUAGUACCAUUAUUUUAGCAACAGCUCUAAUUCUCAUAAAAGAUUCUACCGGAACGUACCAAAUGGGCCGAGCGCUUUUAGAUUCAUGUUCGCAAGUGAAUUUCAUUACCGAUUCUCUAGCACGGGCUCUAAACUUAAAAAGGUCGAGAUCUGAAAUAGAUAUCGUUGGUGUUGGUUCUUCUGUGCUGAAAAUUCAACAUAAUACGCAAACUACAAUUCGAUCUCGGAUAACCGAGUUUGAAACAUCACUAGAUUUUCUCAUUUCAAAGAACAUUAGUAGCUAUCAUCCAGAUAAAGCAUUUUCGUUGAAAGAUUUAAAUAUUCCAUCACAUAUGGAACUUGCAGAUCCAGAAUUUAAUGUCCCUAAAGGUAUUGAUAUGUUACUUGGAGCAGAAGCUUUCUUUUUGUUGUUAACGCAAGGUCGAUUGUCUUUGGGUAAAAACUUACCAAUUUUACAAAAUACUGAAUUUGGUUGGAUUGUAUCCGGAAGGUAUGCUUUGUCACAUAAACCGAUUGAAGCAGUCAGUCAUUGCACCAUCACUUCAAUCGAAGCUUUGAACAAAAAUAUUGAAAAAAUGUGGCAACUAGAAGACGUCUCUAAUAAACGUCAGAAAUGGUCAGAGGAACAAAUCAUGUGUGAACAACAUUUCAUUGAUAAUGUAUCUGUAAACUGUGAUGGAAGAAUUAUGGUAAAACUACCAUUUAAAAAUAGUACAGAUUUAUUAGGUAACUCCAAAGAUAUUGCGUUACGUCGAUUUUAUGCUUUGGAAAAAAAGCUUGAAAAGAAUAUUCAGCUCAAAGAAGAAUAUUCAAAAUUCAUGAAAGAAUACGAAGAAUUGGGACAUAUGUCAUUGAUUCAUAGUCCAAAUUUAUCAAUACCUCAUUAUUAUAUUCCGCAUCACUGCGUGCUGAAGUCAAGUAGUGAAUCAACUAAGUUACGCGUGGUGUUCGAUGCUUCUUUCAAAACGGCAUCACAGGUCUCACUAAAUGACAUCCUUGCAGUGGGUCCUACCAUACAAAAUGAAUUACUCAUUAAUCUGCUACGUUUUCCUUGCCAUAAAUAUGGACUUAUGGCGGACAUAACGAAAAUGUAUCGUCAGAUUAUGGUACAUCAUCAGGAUAGGAAUUAUCAGUUAAUUUUUUGGCGCAAUGACAAGUCGUUACCCGUAUCAACAUACAUGUUAAAUAUAGUGACUUACGGAACUGCUGCUGCUCCAUUUCUAGCUAUACGUAGUUUAUCCUAUGCAGUCGAUACAUAUCCUGUAUUUAUUACACUAAAAGUAUUUGAUUAUGAUUAA